GCUCUCUUUACACCAAUACUAUCUCUUACUGGCGUUUGUCACGAUCUUAAACAUUACUGAAGCAAUCCUUGCAGGUCAACAGAUAAAGAAUGGGCUUCUGUCGGAGGUGCGGGAAUAUUGUCAUAGGAGAACGGUGUAAAUGUGGUGGCACAGCAGUUGCCCCCGUAGUACAAUGGGCAACUUCCAAAGAGCCCGCUGCAGACAGAUGGUCUCAGACUUACGUUUCUCGUGAGAGGUCUCCGAUUCGACCUCCCAGCCGCGCACAACCAUUCAACUCCGACUCUACCUUUCCGACCGCCAGCGAAAGUGUUAUCCCAGAUGCCUCGUCUUCACCCCUGGAACGUCUACCUCGAAAGUACUCAGCAAUCGAUAUAUCUUCUCCUUUCGGAAACCGCGCCUCUGUACACAUUGGAUCAAGUACAUCGCGGCCUGCCUCACCGCUGAAGCACUCGGUGUCGUUAAGCAACAUCCAUCACGAAGCCCCUCCAUCACCAACAACUAUCUCCGCUGCUGCAGGAGUCCUUCCUUCCCCAUACGCACCUGAACUUUCCAAAGCUUAUGGGUCAGUCCUUCAGCCCAAAGAAUCCCUUGCAUCCUACUGCUGCGCUAUCUGCUCCGCUGAAUUCCCACCAGACGCGACCAUAUACCCAGACCCUUUUGCUCCCGCAAUAGAUACAGACCGAUUCCUGUGUCGACAAUGCUUUGUCAAGCACGGUGGAUCCAAAGGCGACUGCCCUUCGUGUGAUCGUCCAGUGCUCAUUGUGAAGAGCGAGGGUGGUUUCGUGGAAACGUCAGGCCGUGUUUGGCACAAAAGAUGCUUUCGCUGUGACGGGUGUCACAAAAACAUUGGCGACGCUCCUAUGGUCGACCUAGUAGGUCGACCAUCCUGCGCAGACUGUUUUGAAAGUUGCUUGCAGAGGGACAAUACGCCUUCCAAACCCCACCAAUCUCCAGGAAUAGAAAGAAUAGAGCGAAGUCACGUAGGCCGCUUCCGCAGAGACUCGACAAGUUGGCAAGGAAGCCCUGCAAUCGAUGAACUAGAACAGCGACUUGGAAUCAUGAAGAGUAGAGAAGGUAGCCCUGUGAUGGAGGAGCUCACGGCACGUUUAAAUGCAGUGCUCAAUCGCACACCUUCCAAAGAUGCAUCUCCGACACCAAGUGCCCUUGGUGCCUCAAUGUCGCGUUAUACCAAUACAAAUUAUCGGGGAGAAAGUCCUAUUCCUGGUCGUAUUUCGGAGAGGAAUCUCGAUGCUGGUGAACGCAGAACGAUACCUAGCACAACUAUUCGCGAACGGGUUGAGACUCCAGAGAUGAACGGAUCUAGUCCCUCAUCAGGGAGACCCUCUGCUGAAGCAAUUGAAGAGAUGAAGAGCCGAUUUUUGCCACAAUCACCUUCGUCACCUGGCUCACGAACAAAUGCGAGCAUCGCGUGUUCCUCGUCUUCGCCUUCCUUCUACAAUAAUUCACCUGUAGGCAAACCCCUGGAGGGAUCGCGAAUCCCGUUCUCGAGACGGUCUCGCGGUUCUCCAGCGCUUCGUAGUGUAGCUAGCACUUCAAGUCUGUCAUCUCCGCGCCUUUCCUGGGCUCCGUCUACACCGGAAUUAAUGUCCGAUAUGUCAGACAUUACGACAGAGGCUUCAUCUCCAUCUUCUCCCCUGCCCUUUAGUCCGCCAGCGCGCCAUGUCGGCAUCUUCGGCAAUGGUAAUACGCUGUAUUCGCCCGACAAACCCAGUGACUCUGUUGAGUCAGAACAUGACACUCGAGAGGUUAAUUCAACGACAACACCUAAACCAGUCGAACAGGCACUCAAUCGACUUUCUAUUUCUUCUACUAUCCUAACACCUGAUUCACUGUGCGCGAAGUGUGGGGGGUCCCUUUCUACAAGCAGAACAGCAGGCCGGUUUGUCACCGUCCCUGACGCUAAUACUACAGGGCCACCGAAGACAUAUCACCCCGAAUGUUUCAGAUGCGUGAUGUGCGAUGGCCCCUUUAAGGUGUCUGGGAUCGGCCAAGCAGUCUUUGCCAGAGGGGAAGGAGGGGCUUGUCAUGUGGAAGUCAGUCUCAUGCAUUCACUCAUUUACACUAUCGACUCACCGCGGCCGACGGCAUCGAGUGCCGCAAAGACCGUCACUCGAGCCUCAAUGGCAGCCAUUACCACUCCCUACUCAUCAUCUCGUCUGGAAAGAUCAGCACCUAGGCCGUCUGCACCUGCAGUACCCACCACGCCCCCUCGUUUUGGCAGCUCGACGACAUGCCCGGCAUGUUCCAAAUCCGUCUCUCCUAUGGAGAUGGGUGUAGUGCCUGGUCCUCAAGGUUCUAGAUGGCACGCGUCCUGUCUUGUGUGUGGCGGUAAGGGAGCGAACAAAGGGCGACGUGACAAAUCACAACCUGGUUGCGGCAAGAAGCUGGACUCUGCUGCGAAACGGGAUAUUGAUGGAGGUGUUUGGUGUAGGGAAUGCCUUCUUCUGCUUCCCCUGGAUCUGAGAAACCCUCAAGCAGACUCGCCCAUCAAACCACUUGUGGUAUCACUGACGGGUCGCAGCGUAGGCGGUGGCACUUCCACAUCCAGAGCUGUUCAGCCUCAGUUCACAGGUACCACCAUCGCCCGUCAGUUUACUGGGUUGCGUGGCGGUGACGCAGCGCUUGCGAGACAAUUGACCGGUGGUGGCUUAAGUCCGACGAAACAGUUGGGCACUGCUACGCCUCGGCCCAGACCCAAGAGCGUGAUUGGCAUGAGAAGUGGAAAGAGCGUAGAUGAGGGUCGGGGGAUGUUCCUAGUUCGGCAAAUGACCAAUGGAGGAAAUUCGUUUGGUGUAUAAACUGUUUAGACUCUGGAAUCUCUCAAA